AUGUCGUGGGACAUCUGGGGAGAUGGAAUCAAAAGAGACCCAGCGGGGCCCAGCAGAGGGCCUGCGGAUCUGCCUCCGGCAGCGGCGGGGCAGCUUUGGGCACGGAAUGCCGCAGCCGGGAGCGGAGCUGUGCCCCGCAGGUGCACCGGGGGCCCGCAGCCGGGAGCGGAGCUGUGCCCCGCAGGUGCACCGGGGGCCCGCAGCCAGGCCCCGGCUGUCCCCAGACCCCGCACGGCCGAACAAGCCCCGGCCGCGCACAGCGCCCGCCGUGAGGGAGAGGCGGAUCCCCCGCCCCGCUCCGCUCCCGGCGCUCGUGUUCCGCCCCGGGCCCUGCCGGGAUGCCGUGCUCCCGGUGUCCCGCACCGAUCCCCGCCUGUGCCGGGCUCCCCGGGCCGGGCACCUCGGAGCUGCGGCCCCCCGAUCACGCACUUCAUGGCCGGCCCCUCUCCCCUCACGGCCGCCCCCCCUCUCCCCUCACGGCCGCGGAGGGCGGGAAACGCCGUGAGGGCGGGGAGCGCGCGGAGCCCCGGAUGCGGAACCCCGGGGUUGUGGAAUUGUGGAAUGAAUUAUGGAAUUGUGGAAUUACGGAACUGUGGAAUUAGGGGUUGUCCCGAGUUACCCGCAGGGAUCUUCAGCCCAACCCCUGGCGCUGCACAGACACCCCGACAGUCCCACCCUGCGCGCUCCUCAGAGCUCUGUCCAGCCUCUCCCGGAGCUGUGGCAGCCUCAGGGCUGUGCCCAUCCCCUGAGCCUGCCCAGCACCCUCUGGGGAGAACCUUUCCCUGAUCUCCAACCCAACCCCCCUGACACAGCUCCAGCCGCUCCCUGGCUCUGUCCCUGUCCCGGGGCAGAGAGCGGAGCUGCCCUCGGCAGCCCCAGCCCAGGGACAGAGCCGGGGAACGCCCCGACCCAAACGGAGAGAAGAGCUGAGCGUGGCACUAAUUACCACGGGAGGCAAGAGAACCGUUACCGAUAGAAUACUAAUUAAUAAGAGAACUAUGUCGCUUGUAGCCAAUGAACAACAAUCCUUUUGUUUCCUAAAAUGCAUAAAUAGUAAAAAGAAUUGAUAGUCGGGGCGCUUGGUUUGUGGGAGACCACGGAGCGCCCAGGCUUGCGAGACUUUGAAAUAAAUAAUCAGUGUUUGUCUGUGUCUGUCUGUCUGUCUCUCUCUCUCUCUGGUCGUUAUCGGCUCGUUUUGGGAACAACUC